AUGUACAAGUCCGAAAUAGAAACAUCUUCGAUUGAAUCUGGCACAAAUGCUUCUUCCUCGCAACAUCCUGAAAUAGAAACAAGUUAUAUGUCAAACGACACAUCAAGGUGGGUAAAGAAGAAGAAGACGAGCACAAAGGCAUUAGUGAAGCGUCUACUAGGCGUUGUGGCUGACUUAACUUCUAAAGUAGAUCAUGUAUUACAGAAAAAAGAUGAACCCGACAGAAAUAUUGAACCAGACAGAGGGUUUCGAGAGGAGGAGGAGAUGAUAAAUGAAGAGGAGGAAGAAAAAUAUUACCAUGAUACACAUUUGCAUUAUGAUGAUAUAGUGGAGAGUCCUGAAAAAGCAAAUGAAGACAUUGUGAAUAAAGAGAAUAAUGAUGUUCAAAAUCAUAUCCUGCUCGACAAUCUUGAAGCUACCAGUACGUUGAGUUUUUGGAGAAAGUGGAAUACGAUCUCUUCCAACCUAAACACUAAACAUAGGUUGCAUAUUCUCACACUAGAUGUGGAGUUUUGGUUGAGGCUACUUGCAGUUACUGACAUUGGGUGGUUAAUUUGUUCGCAUAUUGCAAUAUGGAGUGCCUUGCUCAUGGAAAGACGGCCGACAAACACAAGAUUGACGAUAUUCCCUCAAGAACUCAAUUUGCAAAACGGAAAAUCAUUUUUUCUUAGGAAUAUAGCAAAUCGUGUUGGAGACCAUCCUAAAUGGAAGGAUAUGGAGAUGGUUCUAUUCCCCAUAAAUGUUCCUCAUAUCCAUUGGUUUUUGGCAGUGCUACAUUUAGAUAUUUGGAAAGUACACAUUUAUGAUUCAGCAUGA